AUGCUUACAAGCGAUAUGAAGCAUUUAGAGGCUAAGACGCUGCAUUACGACGACAACUUCGUGACUGUAGCCAUCAUGAGCGGCUCCGACUUGUACGCGCAGCUAGAGGUGUGGCGCUAUCAUUUCAACAGCAAUGCGGCAGAAAGCGACGAUGACGAGGAUAUGCUGCCCACCACGAGCGCUCUAGCUGUUGCCGGCACAACAACAACCACAACAGCAAAAUCAACUGACACGAAGCGCACCGGCCGCAGCGGUGGCUCACACAUACACCUGUGGCAAUUCCUCAAGGAACUGCUCGCCGAACCGCAUGCACACGGCACGGCCAUACGUUGGAUCGACCGCAACCGGGGCAUAUUCAAGAUUGAAGAUUCGGUGCGUGUAGCGAAAUUAUGGGGCGGACGCAAGAAUCGACCAGCAAUGAAUUACGACAAAUUAUCGCGUUCCAUACGGCAGUACUAUAAGAAGGGGAUCAUGAAGAAAACCGAGCGCUCACAACGUUUGGUCUAUCAGUUCUGUCAUCCCUAUCAGUUGUAAGCGGGAGAAUACAAAUUAGAACAAAAAUGUGAAAGUGAGGCGGCGCGUAGAAAAUAAAAAAGGCAUUUGGGUAAUGCAAUGUUCAUUUGGUGUGGCAAAGAAGUGGCCUUAAUGAAAAAAUCAAUAAUUUAUUGCUAUUUAUUUAUUUAUUUAUUGCAUAUACAUGUAUAC